UUUUUAGUUGGUGGAAUUGGCAGCUCAAAAUUUUUCCAUUUCUUGUAUGCCUCUUGAUGUAUAGCUGUAAAUGUUUCUUCUGUAUGAAGCCAGUUUAUUUAAGUUGUCAAUCUCCUUCCCUAAUUUAUUCUUUUCUUCCUCAUCUUCUUCAUGUGAAUGCAAAUCACGUUUUUCUCGAAUUUGGCUGUGUAAUUCUUGUAGAUCACCUAAAUUUUUCUUAA